AUGGAGCGCGCUGCUCCAGCGGAGCCUUCCAGGACCUUCGAGGCCUCCGAUCCCUUCAUCGACCUCUCUUUGACCUCAUUGGCCCAGCUGGUGCAAGAACCACAAAGUGCUGAGCUGGAGCAAGCCACGCAGCGCCUAGCGCAGCAGCUUCGCAGUCCCGAUGUCCGGCUCUCGCGGCAGCAGCUCCUGCGCUGUCUUGAGCUGCUUCGUUUUGGCAACACUACACUGGCGGUGGCGGUGGCGCCACGAGCCGCCCGUGCAGUACAUACUUUGGCACCUGCUGAGCUGGUCCAGGCAGCGCAGUCUUUGGCUGCUGCGCCUCCAACUUCAGCCGCCUUGGAGAGUCUUGGUGUAGUGCUCGGAGAGGCCAUUUGCAGACACCGCUGCCUGGACUUGGAUCAGUUGUCCACGUUGACAGCUGAAGCUUCUGGCAGCGUGCUCAAAUCCUUGCUCCGCCAUGUGGAGGCUCGGAGCUGCGGAGAGGAGAGUUUGACAUGGUGUGACUCUCUCUCUCUCUCACUUUUACAGUUAUAG